AUUAUGCAACCAAAAAUAUAAUUCUAAGUUAGCAAAAGAAAAGAGGGUUAUAUAUAAUUCUUUGGCAUUUCUGACUUGAGUCAUAUUGAAAAGUUCAAAAAAUUUCCUUUUUUUAACAAUUGUUAUUCUAAACAAAUUGAACGCAAUGUCACGCCUGGUACAAGGUUUGCGGUGUGUUGUCAAUCAGAGUGUUAUGGUUGCACGAGUGGCCGGACCACGCAACAUUUUCCAACAUAGAUGUAUGCACCAUGGAUUGUCAUCGACUGGCCUAAUCGCUCCAUCGCUAGUCAAAUCCGUUCAGAAAAUCCGUUGCUGGCAAUCAAAAUCGAAGUCGAUGAAUUCAAAUGUGACCACCACUAGACAUUAUUCAGCCAAACAACCACUUACAUUAAAAUUAAUUCAAGAACGCGUCUUAUUAGUGCUCAAUUUGUACGAUAAAAUUGACGCAUCAAAGCUGACACCAGAAUCACAUUUCAUAAAUGACUUGGGCUUGGAUUCUCUGGACCACGUCGAAGUAAUCAUGGCCAUGGAAGACGAAUUUGGUUUUGAAAUUCCCGAUUCAGAUGCGGAACGAUUGUUCCGACCAUGUGACAUCAUUCAGUACAUCGCUGACAAAGAAGAUAUUUACGAAUAAAAUGAA